AUGGCGUCCCCUCAGCUGGCACCUUUAGGCAUGGCCCCUUCCCUCCUUUUGAUUGUCGUGGCUGUUCUCGGAAAUUUAACGUGCGAGGCCAACUCGGCUUUCCAGCGUGACACUGAGGGCGGGAGUACAGCAAAUGCACACUUCACUGUCACAAUUCCCCAAGUCGGGAUUGCUGAAGAUGAGCGGCACGAGGUGUUUCUGGAAGCGACCAAGAAGCUCAAGAUCAUCGAUAAAACAAGAAAAGCCAUUAUCGACCCAGCUUCCUUCGCUGAAGAGGCAUACAGCUACUCGGCGGACACCAAAAAAUGUAAUGUUACAAAAAAGGUGCCAUACAGUACCAUGUACCCGAAAGUUCCAGCAGGUUACACGUACUGGUCUUCCCAAGUCGCACGAGUGCGGAGCGUCCUAGAUUCAACCUACACAUUUACAAGCCCAGCCGCCGAGCACGUGGAAGACAGGGUCUCAUUUUGCAUCAUCCUCAAGGUUCCAGAAGGAAACGGAACGAGCGUACGAAGCCGUACAGGACUCGCCUCGUUCAACAAACAAAUGCAGAGUCGCAAGGAGAGCUCGCAGGUCUACGAAGCAGAGAACCGCUCAAGUGUUUCGUCGCUGCUACGGAAAGGACGUCCCAGUAACGACACCCAAAAACAGCUCCAACAAGCGAGCCAGAACAGAAAAAACCUGUCUACACAGAUCGAAAUGGAAGAUUCACUAAAGACGAUCACUGUAGUCGUGCACUCGGGGUCGAGUGCCCGGGCUGUUCUCAGUGGAACUUUGAUGGUGGUCCUCGGAACUGCAUGGCUCAUCCACUAA